AUGGCAACUUUUGAGUUAGAGAAGCUGCCUCUUACAUAUACUCAUUCACUUUCAGAUUCUUCCUCUGCCUAUCAACCUUUCCCUUCUCAUUCUCACUACCAAAAAUAUUAUCACUACAAUCUUGUUAUCACUGAUAAGGACCAAUUCCGUAAUUUCCUUCUUGUUUCAUUAACAAUCAUUCUUGCCAUCAUAGCAUUGGUUCUAAUCUUGCACUUUUUACCCCAUAAGAACAAGCAUCAAGGAACUUCAAUCAAUUUCAAACUCGCAAUUAACCAUGCUCUAACUUUUUAUGAUGCACAAAAAUCUGGACACUAUCCGAAGAACAGCCCAGUGAAAUUUCGAGGCGAUUCAGGAUUAGGCGAUGGAAAAUCAGCAGAUACUGAUCUUGUUGGUGGAUUCUAUGACUCUGGCAAUAACAUUAAAUUUACUUUCACCACAGCUUAUACUACAACCUUGUUGAGUUGGAGUGUGAUGGAAUAUCAUAGUAAAUAUGCUGAUCUUGGUGAGCUGCAACAUGUUAGGGACAUAAUCAGAUGGGGAAGUGACUAUCUCCUAAAGGUGUUCAUUCUCCCAACUUCAUCUAAAUCUAACCUUACAAUAUACUCGCAGGUUGGAAAUACCAUUAGUGAUAAGGGAGAGCCAAAAAAUGAUAUAAGCUGCUGGCAAAGACCUGAAGACAUGGAUUAUGCAAGACCAGUUUCAAUUUGUGACAGUUCUGCUUCAGAUUUAGGAGGUGAAAUUGUUGCAGCAUUAUCUGCAUCAUCUAUGGUAUUAAAAAAUGACACAGAAUACUCAAUGAAACUAGUCAAAGCAGCAGAAACUCUACACAAGUUAGUCACAAGUGAAGAUCCAAAGAAGCAAGGAACUUACACAAUGGUUGAUGCAUGUGGAAAACAAGCAAGAGAUUUCUACAAAUCAUCAAGUUACAAAGAUGAAUUGGCAUGGGGAGGAACAUGGUUGUUUCUUGCUACUGGAAACUUAACUUACCUUGAUUAUGCUACUGAGACUUUUAAAUCUGCCAAGAACAAUGAAUCAGAUUUUGAUAAUGGAACCUUUGAUUGGAACAACAAGCUCAAUGCGCUCGCGGUUUUGCUAACAAGAAUUCGAUAUUUUCGUGAUCCUGGAGGAUUGUAUGAACAUGCUUUGAGGCUCUCAUCAAACUCAACACACUCCCUCAUGUGCUCUUUGCUGUUCAAUGAUUUUAGCAGGACACCUGGUGGAUUGAUUAUCAUGAAAGAUGAUAAUGGGCCAUUACUAGAGUAUGCUGCAACAGCAUCAUUCCUCAGUAAAUUGUAUAGUGAUUAUCUUCAUCAUCUCAAGUUCUCUGGUGCAAAAUGCAAGAGUAAUGUGUUUUCGGUGGCUAUGCUUCGCGAAUUUGCUAGUUCUCAGGUUAACUACAUAUUGGGACAGAAUCCUUUGAAGAUGAGUUACUUAGUGGGACAUGGUGACAAAUUUCCAGUGCAAGUUCAUCACAGAAGUGCAUCAAUUCCAUGGGAUGAUAAGAAGCAUUAUAGUUGUGAUGGUGGCAAGAAAUGGCUCAACUCGAAGGAUCCGAAUCUGCAAGUUCUUGUUGGAGCCAUGGUGGGAGGGCCAGACAUGCAUGAUGGUUUCAUAGAUCAAAGGAACAAUUCAAGGUUCACUGAGCCAAACAUAGCAAGCAAUGCUGGUUUAGUUGCAGCACUUAUUGCACUUUCUGAUAACUCAAGUGGCUUGAAAGAUUCAUUUUGA